AUGGAUAAGGGUAUUUUCUCUCUUUCUCACUGCGCGCGCUCUCUCUCUCUCUCUCUCUCUGUACGCGCUUUCUUUCUGCUUCCGGGAGCCUCCCUGGUUCUGGGCGAUCUCGAUCCCUCGUCGUACUCUCUCUCUCUCUCUCUCUCGCUUUCUCCCGCUCUCGAUCUCUCUCGGGGCGGGGGAAGGAGCGAUGGUAAUGUGAAGCGACCCGGGGGUGUGUGUGUGCAGUGUGUGUGUGUGUGUGUGGAGAUGGCGGGAUUGGACGUUCGCACCGUUGGUGCCAUCUUGGCCCUUAUCUCGUUUCUGGACAUGACUGCCGUGGGCAUGUUGAUCCCGCUCUUGCCGCGACUGUACUCCUCGCACCAGGCCUCGGCCUCGGCGAUUGGCUUCAUGGGGUCUCUCUACGGAACAGCCAACCUCGUGGGCGGUCCCAUCUUUGGGUUUUUGGGGGACGCCAUCGGCCCUCGUGCUGCGCUGACCGUGGCGAUGGUUGGCUCCGCCGUGGGCUACGCGCUGCUGGGCACGGCAGACUCGCUAGCAGUCAUGGGCCUGGCACGCGUAAUCACAGGUUGCUUCAAGCAGACUUUGACCGUGGCCAAGUCAACCCUGGCCGUCAUCACGCCACCGGCAACCCGAGCCCGUGAUCUUGGUCGGAUUGGCUCCGCGGCCAGUGCUGGUUUUAUCAUCGGCCCGCUGAUUGGAGGCUUUGUGUUCCACGACGUGGAACGUGUGCGCCUGGCUGCCAUGCUGACUGCUGGUGUGUUUGCCAUUAACGCACUACUUGCCUGGGGGGCGUUGCGCGCCCUGCAUGAUCUACUGGCUGCACACCAUCGUACCCUGGAGACAGAGGAGCCCACGGCUACAUCCUCGCCAGCAUCGCAGGGUAACCAGACUGAAACAUCCGAGCAGUUCAAGAUUUCUCCGUCCAAUGGGCCGCUCACCGCUUACGACCAUGCCAGGCUUCAGUUUGAAUCAAUGGUGGACAUGUUCAAGGUUGUGAUGGCCAGUGGCCAGUGGCGAUUGGUGGCCGCGCAGUUGGGCGCCAACAUGGCCAUGGUCACGUUACGGAGUGUUUUUGCCACGUUUGCUGAGCAAGAAUUUGCCCCUUCUCCUCACGUCUUGGGCCUCAUGUUGUCGGCGCAGGGUGCUAUGGGCAUCGUGUUUGGGCUCUGUGUGGGUCCCGUCGUCCGCUUGUUUGGUAGCGAGUCGGCCGUGUUCCUGCCCAGUUUGCUGGUGCAGGGCCUGUCCUACUGCUUUGUAUUCUACACUUGGAGCCCAAUGACCAUGACUCUGGCUUCGGCUCCGCUACGGCUAGGCAAUAGCGUGAUGGCAGCGGUGGGCCUCUCAAUGGUGUCACAAGCGGUGACGCCUAAACAGCGCGGCGCUGUGGUUAGCAGCACAGAAGUGGUCAUGUCGCUGAGUCGCACCGUGUCGCCGUUCCUUGCAGGGCUGGCGCUGGAUUAUGGACGACAUGCGUUGGCCUUGUUCUGUUUACUUCAACUGGCCGCAGGCUGCCUGUUCCUGCUGGCUCGGACCAGCCAACACAUCCGACCCAAGACAGACUAG